GCGCCAGUGACCGCGAUGGUGAACUCCAACCGCGUGCAGCCUCAGCCGCCCGGGGAUGCGAAGCGCUCGCCCGCACCGAGAGCCCCGGGCCCCGGCCGGCUGGCUGCGGGAGGCUCGGCGGUGGGCGGCGGCCUGGCGGUCCCGGGAGGCCUCCGGGAGCAGCGGGGCCUGGAGAUCGAGAUGGAGCGCAUCCGGCAGGCGGCUGCGCGGGACCCUCCGGCCGGAGCCUCGGCAUCCCCUUCUCCUCCGCUCUCGUCGUGCUCCCGGCAGGCGUGGAGCCGCGAUAACCCGGGCUUCGAGGCCGAGGAGGAGGAUGACGACGACGAGGUGGAAGGGGAAGAAGGAGGAAUGGUGGUGGAGAUGGACGUGGAGUGGCGACCCGGCAGCCGCAGGUCGGCCUCCUCCUCGGCCGUGAGCUCGGCGGGCGCCCGCGGACGAGCCCUGGGGAGCUACCGGGGCGCCGGGCACCCGAGCGGGAGGAGGCGCCGACUAGAGGACCAGGGCGAGCCGGGUCCCAGCCCCGCAGGCGGAGGGGACCCUCUGCAUCGCCAUCUCCCGCUGGAUGGGCAGCCACCCCGAGUGGCCUGGGCCGGAAGGCUGGUGCGCGGGCUGCGAGGUCUCUGGGGAACAAGACUCAUGGAAGAGAGCAACACUAACCGGGAGAAAUACCUUAAAAGUGUGUUACGGGAACUGGUCACUUACCUCCUUUUCCUCAUAGUCUCGUGCAUCUUGACCUAUGGCAUGAUGAGCUCCAAUGUGUACUACUACACUCGGACAUUGUCACAGCUUUUCAUAGACACCCCAGUGUCUAAAACAGAGAAAACUAACUUCAGAACUCUUUCUUCGAUGGAGGACUUCUGGAAGUUCACAGAAGGCGCCUUCCUGGAUGGGCUGUACUGGAAGGCACAGACGGGUAACCACACACAGGCUGACAACCGGACCUUCAUUUUUUAUGAGAACCUGCUGCUUGGGGUGCCUCGCCUGCGCCAGCUCAGGGUCAGAAAUGGAUCCUGCUCCAUCCCUCAGGACUUAAGAAAUGAAAUUAAAGAAUGCUAUGACGUCUACUCUGUGAGGAGUGAGGACAGGGCUCCAUUUGGACCACGAAAUGGAACUGCGUGGAUCUACACGAAUGAGAAGGACUUGAAUGGGAGCAGCCACUGGGGAAUCAUUACAACCUACAGCGGAGGGGGCUAUUAUCUGGAUCUGUCCAGAACCAGGGAGGAAACAGCUGCUCAGGUUGCAGGCCUCCGGAGAAACUUCUGGCUGGACAGGGGGACCCGAGCAACUUUCAUUGACUUUUCAGUGUACAACGCGAACAUUAACCUGUUCUGUGUGGUCAGGUUACUGGUUGAGUUCCCAGCGACAGGUGGUGUGGUGCCCUCUUGGCAGUUUCAGCCUGUGAAACUGAUCCGCUACGUCACAGCUUUUGAUUUCUUCCUGGCAGCCUGUGAGAUUAUCUUUUGUUUCUUUAUCCUUUACUAUGUGGUGGAAGAGAUAUUGGAGAUUCGGAUUCACAGACUGCACUAUUUCAGGAGUUUCUGGAAUUGUCUGGAUGUUGGGAUUGUUGUGUUAUCCAUAGUAGCUAUGGUCAUUAACAUUUACCGAAUGUCAAAUGUAGAGGGUCUACUACAGUUUCUCGAGGAUCAAAAUACUUUCCCCAACUUUGAGCAUGUGGCAUACUGGCAAAUACAGUUCAACAAUAUAGCUGCGGUCAUGGUAUUUUUGGUCUGGAUUAAGCUCUUCAAAUUCAUCAGCUUUAACAGGACCAUGAGCCAGCUCACCACAACCAUGUCUAGAUGUGCCAAAGACCUCUUUGGUUUCACCGUUAUGUUCCUCGUCAUUUUCCUGGCGUACGCUCAGCUGGCAUACCUUGUCUUUGGCACUCAGGUUGAUGACUUCAGUACUUUCCAAGAAUGUAUCUUCACUCAGUUUCGAAUCAUUUUGGGUGACAUCAACUUCGCGGAGAUUGAGGAAGCUAACCGGGUUUUGGGACCACUUUAUUUCACUACAUUUGUGUUCUUUAUGUUCUUCAUUCUUUUGAAUAUGUUUUUGGCCAUCAUCAAUGAUACUUACUCUGAAGUGAAAUCGGAUCUGGCCCAGCAGAAAUCGGAAAUGGAACUCUCAGACCUUAUCAAAAAGGGCUACCAAAAAGCAUUGAUCAAACUAAAACUUAAAAGGAAUACUGUAGAUGAUAUUUCAGAGAGUCUACGGCAAGGUGGGGGCAAGUUAAACUUUGAUGAGCUUCGACAGGACCUGAAAGGGAAAGGCCACACUGAUGCAGAAAUUGAGGCCAUAUUCACUAAAUAUGACCAGGAUGGCGAUCAGGAACUGACGGAACGUGAGCAUCAACAGAUGAGAGAUGAUUUGGAGAAAGAGAGGGAGGACCUGGACUUGGAACACAGCUCUUUACCACGUCCCAUGAGUAGUAGAAGUUUCCCAAGAAGCCUGGAUGACUCUGAGGAGGAGGAUGACGAUGACAGUGGGCAUAGCUCCAGGAGGAGGGGCAGCAUCUCCAGUGGGGUUUCCUAUGAGGAGUUCCAGGUACUGGUGAGGCGCGUGGACCGCAUGGAGCAUUCCAUAGGCAGCAUCGUGUCUAAGAUUGAUGCUGUGAUUGUCAAGCUUGAGAUCAUGGAGAGGGCCAAGCUGAAGAGGCGAGAGGUGUUAGGGAGACUGCUGGAUGGAGUGGCUGAGGAUGAGAGACUGGGUCGAGACAGUGAAGUCCACAGGGAGCAGAUGGAGCGCCUGGUAAGGGAAGAGUUGGAACGCUGGGAAUCGGAUGAUGCAACAUCCCAGACAGGUCAUGGUCUAGGCACACAAGUAGGACUCAAUGGUCAGCCUCACCCCAGAAGUUCCAGGCCUCCUUCCUCCCAGUCUGCCGAGGGCCUGGAAGGGGGUGGAAACGGAAGCGCCAAUGUCCAUGUGUAAUAAUCCACGAGUGUUUGUGUGUGUGUUCCUGAGAUGUGAGACAUGGUUGUCCAGUAUGGCAGUGAGUUACAGUAUUUCUACGCCCAGCUACAUUUGAUGCUGUUAUAAUUUUCUGCACUUUAAUUUAUUUUACGUAAACUUUACCCAAGGUUCCAGAAGGAUUGUCUUACUUUUUCUCAUAUGAGAAAUCUAGAUGUAAAUAUUGAGUUCAGAAAACAAAACAAAAAAAAUUUUGAAAGUACACCCGGUUGCUUCUCCGCCCGUCUUCAGGUGACAAUGAGCCUGUAAAAGCUGUUCUGUGCUCAUGUCCAGUCAGCAGUGGCAGUCCUGUACAAUUCAUUAAGGAAAACCAAGCAUUUCUUUCCAGUCAGAUGUCACUUGGGAGCUUAUUGCAAACUUCCUUCUAAGAAAGGAGUCUUACUUCACCAACCUAUCUGGGGUGAACUUUUCUAAAAAACGAAGCAGGAAAGAACUCCAAAGCAGAGCAUGGAUAUUUAGCCAUUGUUGAAACGUGCUGUCCCUUGUUGCUAUUAAUGUCUCAGUUUGUGGAACUAAACAUAUCUUUUCUUUUUUGUAUUAUUUAGCUUUUAUUGGACAUUGGGUAAGAAAAGAUAAAUGAUAAGGAAAUAUGUAGGAGAAUUGGAAAAAGGGCCUUAAUCUGUCCCUAAAUUUGACUUUUAAGUUCUUUGUUAGCAUAGGAAUUUCUCCAUUUUUCUUUCCCACGUGUCUCAUUUACAACUGAAUAUAAUAUUAAAGUAACUAAAGAAUAAGACAAACUUACUGAUUCAGCAAAUAUAUGCAUGUGAAGGAGUAUUUCAAAGGAUGUUUUGAAGUGCAUAAAAGCUCUGUAAAAGUAAAGGUUGGCUUAUGUUUUUAUCUAGAACAUAAUUUUCAAAUGUUCAUAUUAUAUUUCAGAAUGAAAACGUAUAAUGCCAAUUUAGUUCAGUUUUGUGUAAGGGGCAUCUAGGGUUAAGGGGUUAUCCAUUAUUAGAAUCAGCUAAAAGUUGCAUAUCAGCAAUGGUUUUCAUUAGGUGAGGAUCUCACUAAAUUUCUGGGAGAAAUCUAUUUCUCAAUAUAUAUUGCUGUUAAAGACAGGGCCUCACGGUAUAAUACUGGCUGGCCUGGAACAAAAUGUGUAAACUAGGCAGGCCUCCGACUCAUGGAGAUCCACCUACUCUCUGCCGCCUAUAUCUUGGGAUAAAGGCCAUGUGUAAUCACACCAGACUAAAAUGAUGUUUCUUUUUAAAGUACUGAGUAUCCAGGCCUUUUAAAAAAUGCUGAGUAACCGAGACUUUUGAGAGCCAAGGAAACAAAUCCAAGCCAGUCAGCAACCAGCAGCAGGUAGAGAACAGGUAGAGGGGUGUCCUUGGCUUUAGUGCAGUUCUUUAAAACUCCAGUAUUCAUUGACUUUAUAGAAUACACCAAAUCUCCAACAAGUUACUGGGCAGACUGGCCUUUCUAGCGGCUUCUACAGAAGAGGAGCACGUUGAGUUUCCUUAACUUUGAAGGCUCCAUGUCUAUCUUAUGGUACACUAAUUUCAUUCUUCCUAGGUAUUGAAGUUUGCAAACCAGGGGUAUUGUGUGUAUGUAUUUAUAUAUGUGUAUCAUGUUGUUACAAGUAAACAAACUUCAACUUGAAGUGCAUUCAUUAUGUGGUAUCCAUGUGUAUCGACCAUGUGCCAUAUAUCUGUUAUGGUCACGACAACAUCUUUUUAUGAUGCUUCUUAUUAUACUGUUUUUCAUUUAACUUGUAAAAUUUUGCAGAAUUAUUUUUCUUCUUCUCUUUCACAUAUACUUUCAUGUAUUUUUCUACUUUGGUACUGGGAAAUUCAGUCCUAAUCUCUUUUCUGUUAUCCUCUCCUUUGUAAUGGGUAUGAUUAAGAUAUUAUAUAUCCAAGGUUCUUCUGACAAUCAAGAAUUUCCUAACUGUAAUGAUGUGUACAUUACUUAAUAAAGACUUGACAUGGUA